AUGGUGCAACUUUCACAGUCCCCCCUCCGCCGCCCUUCACCUUCAUGCCACUCUGAGGAAGGGGAAGAGAAGAGCAUGAAGCCUGAUAAGCAGCAGGUGACUCAAGGUCCUCGAGGGGAUAACCAGCCUCCCAUGAGCCCCCUGCAGGCAGCUUUGAAUUCUGCAGCCACAGCUUCUCAGGCAUACGAGACUUACAUUGAUAAUGGACUUAUCUGCUUGAAACACAAAAUUAGGAAUAUCGAGAAAAAGAAGCUCAAGUUAGAAGACUACAGGGAUCGGCUGAAAAGGGGGGAGGUCCUCAAUCAAGAUCAGUUGGAAGCUGUUGAAAAAUAUGAAGAAGUUAUACAUAACUUGGAGUUUGCUAAAGAACUUCAGAAGACAUUUUCUGGACUAAGUCAAGAACUACUAAAAGCACAGCGGAAAGCGCAACGAAGAGAAACCUUACUGAAACUUGAAGCAGAGAAGAAAAAGCUCCGCACAAUACUGCAGGUCCAGUAUGUGCUGCAGAAUUUUACUCAAGAGCAUGUGCAGAAAGACUUCAGAAGUGGCUUGAAUGGUGCAAUAUACUUGCCUUCUAAAGAAUUAGACUACCUCAUUAAGUUUGCAAAAUUGACAUGUUCAGGAAGAAAUGAAACUGUUAGCGUUGAAGACCAAAUGGAGCAGUCAUCACUCUGUUUCUGGGACCUGCUAGAAGGCAGUGAAAAAGUAGUGGUCGGGACAACCUAUAAGCAUCUGAAGGAUUUGUUAUCUAAACUGAUAGAUUCUGGAUAUUUUGAAAACAUUCCUACACCUUGCAACAAACCAGAAAAAGAGGAAUUGAAAGAAGAAAUGCUUGAAAAACCCAAACAGUUGUCAAAACCAGAGUCUGUCAAUGAAAUAGAAUCUCAAAGGCAGCAUGUUCAAUCUGAAAUACAACCUCAAGAAUUUCUUAAUAGGCGCUAUUUGCCUGAAGCAGACUGUACUGUCAAGUCUGAAGGAACCAAACACUGGGAAAUAGAACAUGCUGUAAAAAGUGAUCCCCCCAAGUCCUGGGAAAUGCUGGUUGAUGCUGAAGAACAGGAACAGAAAAGGCAAAAUCCAGAAUCCAUGAAAUCAUUGGAAUCUGUUAAUCAAGAAGGGAAGAAGAAGCUGGAACUUUCGCGGCCUUGGGAAUCGCCUCUUCAAGAAGUUGAUGAUCAUAAACAGAAUGUUCCAAAGCCUUGGGUGGCCCCAGUUAGAGAAGAGCAGGCCUCUUCCAAAUCCUGGGUCACAAAAGAGAAAGAAGAGCAGGAACCAAAGCAAGAAGGUCCCAAGCCUUGGAUAACUAAAAGUAAAGGAGGAUUGGAACAAAACCAGGAAAAGCCAAAAAAGUGGGUGUCUCAAACUAAUAUGGAAACUUUGAAAAAAACAGAACCUUUGAAGCCUUGGGAUGCACGUGUCCGAGACGAGAUGGAACAAAAGAAACAGCAAACUGAAAAGCCAUGGGUCGGACAUACAGGAGAAGAGGCUGAGCAAAAAUCUCAGCCUCCAAAAGUUUGGGAAAAAUCUGAGAGAUCACAGCAAGUGGUCCAGCAGCCAUUACAGAAUCCUCCUAAGAUCUGGGGAGUUGGGAAUCUUGUACCAAAGGAUCAGACUGAGCUAAAGAAGCUUGACGGGGAACUAAAAGAAGUGAGUUGGUAUAAACCAGGGGUCCCCAACCACCGGUCCGGGGACCGGUACCGGUCCGCGGAACAAGCUGGAAAGACAGGUGGAAUAAAUGAACACAGCAUUGAUGCAUCAAAGAAAAAAGAGAGCUUUCAGUCAAUUGGAGAAUCAUGUAAAUUACCCAGGAAUAUCCAAAAUGUCAUGCAGGUAGCUAAGCCCGUGCACCAAACAGCUGCAGAGUUUUGCUCUACUUCUAGUCUGCCAAAGGAUCCAGUACUCAGAAGGGAAAAACUGCAAGAUUUGAUGAUUCAAAUUCAGGGGACUUACAACUUCAUGCAAGAAUCACUUCUGGAUUUUGAUAAACCUUCACAAAGUGCUGGCUGUUCAUCACAAGCCUCUUCUGUUGAUUCUUCUGCUUCUAACGAACAACUUUCAAGCCAAAAUGACUUCCCUGAACAAGUAAUGCAGAGUGCUUCUUCUCCCGUGACUUUGAAUGGAUCAAACACUUCCUUAGUUUCUGAUAACACCUUGUCUGGAUCAGAAACUGAACUUCAUUCACCACAAGUUCCUACUCCACUUUCAAGUGAAUCACAGACUCCACUGACACCCUCAAGAACUACCGUGUCCCCAGUACAUCAAGGGAACGUUUUUCAAUCUCCUCCAUCAAGUAGUAGUGCUGUUAAUGUAAAAGCACCUCCUUUUCAGGCUAUGCAGACUGUGUUCAAAGUGAAUGCACCUUUGCCACCUCGUAGAGAGCAGGAUGCAAAAGAGAAUUCUCUGCACCCCACAGGAUACAGUCAGAAUUUUUCAACAGCAAGCACACAGACGCCACCCCCAUGUAAAUUGCCAUCCACUCAAAAUGCGGAACAAACUACUUUUUCACAAGAGACUCUUUCAAAUGCAGGUACUUGCCAGGCUGAGGUAGCUGUUCCUGUCAGCAAUGGUACCCUCACUUUUUAUGCAGCACAGACAGCCACUUUUCCUAGACCAUCGCAGCCUUUUAUCGGAAGCCGUGGAUCUAUCAGAGGUUCUCUCAGGGGUGUAAGAUCGAUGACUAAUUCUUAUCGCUCUCCUGGUGGAUAUAAAGCAGGUUUUGAAGCUUACAGAGGAUCGCCUUCAAUCCCUAACGGAACCUAUAGCCAAUUACAGCUUCCUGGCAGAGAUUACUCUACAGUGCAGUAUUCUCAGAGGGAAAUGAAUUACCAACCAAACUAUAAGCGAGGAGGUAUUAAUAGUGGUCGAACUAAUUCAAGAGGAUGGAACGAUUCUUCUCAGGUGAGCAGUCCAGAGCGUGACAAUGAGAUGUUUAACACUGGGGAGACUGGGCAGGGUGAUUCCCGCAGCAUCACUCCUGUUGAUAUACCUGUGACAAGCCAAGCAGCCACCCUACUACCUGUUCACGUCUACCCCCUCCCACAGCAGAUGAGAGUUGCCUUUUCUGCUGCUAGAACUUCUAACUUGGCUCCUGGAACUUUAGAUCAACCCAUCGUAUUUGACCUCUUGUUAAACAAUCUUGGCGAAACCUUUGAUAUACAACUUGGUAGGUUCAAUUGUCCUGUUAAUGGUACUUAUGUAUUCAUAUUCCAUAUGUUGAAGCUAGCUGUGAAUGUACCAUUAUAUGUGAACCUCAUGAAAAAUGAAGAGGUUUUAGUCUCUGCGUAUGCCAAUGAUGGUGCUCCAGAUCAUGAGACUGCAAGCAACCAUGCAGUCCUCCAGCUCUUUCAAGGAGACCAGAUUUGGCUACGCCUUCAUAGAGGAGCUAUUUACGGAAGUAGUUGGAAAUAUUCUACCUUCUCAGGAUAUCUCCUGUAUCAAGACUGAACAUUAAGCUGCUCCAACUGUUUGGUGAAGGAAGGUGAAAACUGGUGGGCUAGUUUCACAUUGCAUACUGAACACUUAAACACGCCAUUGUAAAGUGGGAAAAUGGUGAUCUUGCAAUGAGUUGGAGUUGGAUCAGCACUGAUGUGGCACUUUAUCAGUUGUGAUAUAGCCUUGAUAGUAAAGCUCUGAAUGUUAUGUUUGCACUUACUCUUGAACUGUAAUUUAUCAGCUUACUAUGCUACUCAAAUUUGCCUCAA